GUUAGAUUCCGGGUGACUUGUUAUUCAAUACCACAGGCCGAUCGGAACCUUAAUCAACAUCAUUACUAUUACUAUAUUAUCGUGAUCACCUGCCUAGCAUAUUCUAUUACUCCCCACUGUUAAUGCCCCUUGAUACUUAAUGGCUGAAAGACGUUUAUUUAAGGAAUACAAACUGUACACCAAGAACCCUCCACACAAUCAAAAUCAUCAAAUUGUUUCUUUAGAGCCUACAGGUGACGAGGAUAACUUGGACAUAUUUGAAUGGUUGGCAGUAAUCUCCAAACCUGCCCGUAGUGACUCCCAGUUCUACUACAACGGAAAGUGGAAACUUCAAAUCCGCCUAACCUCGAAGUAUCCCUUACUGCCACCAACCAUUCGUUUCAUCACCCCCAUCAACCACCCUAACAUCAAGUUUGAGACUGGAGAAAUCUGCUUGGAUAUUCUAAAGCAAGAUAAUUGGUCCCCAGCCUGGGAUUUAGAACAUUUGGUGGUAGCAAUUUUGAUGUUGCUUGAUGAUCCAGAACCCGAUUCCCCACUCAAUAUCGACCUGGCCAAUCUUUAUCGACACGAUAAGGUUGCAUUUGAAAGCAUAGUGCAAUACACCAUUUGGAAAACUCAAUCCUUUCUCUUAACCACUGAAGAUCCGAUGCGAACUGCAUCAUCGCUGGAUUUCACUGAUAAUGAUAACGAUUUGGAUCCUGUGCGUGAGCAAGUGGCAAAGAAUGUAACGAAACAGGUCGAGAGAUUAUGUUCACAGUCAGCAUCCCCAGAUCCAGAUGAACACUCCGAUCCUGAAAAGAGCGAGGAGGCAAGGUUAAAGGAUGAAACAGUUGAAAAAGUAAGACAGCAAUUUAUAAAGCAAGUUGAUGAUAAGGUAAAUGAAGUCCGCAAGAAGCAAGAAGAGUAUCAAUUAUCUCGGAAGAGGAAGCAUUAGAGACUAUAGACACACAUCUGAGAUGUAUGAUAAUUAAUGAAUUUAAAUGAAGAACUGUAGUUCUGUAGUACUUGCACCACGUUAUACAGGCACUUCUUCAGUUCUCCGACGUCGACUUGACAAAGAACACAAGUCUAGGUAGUGAAGGGGGCUACAGUGAUCGGUUUCUUCUUUGAACUGUAUUGGUCUAUAAACCUAUACCAUGCUAUCUAUGGACUUGUCAGAUGACAGAUCCAGCUUGUAUUUUACAAUCGAAAUUCCGAAAUGCUCCCCUAACGCAAUCUUCUAGCUUCUCUUUCAGAUUCCAUCAAAGAAAGGAUGUCGUUUUCUCUGACUGGGCCCUUGACGUUUCUGACGAUAGUUCUAGAAGCGUCUUCCAAGAACUCGACUCUGACUUGGGUGACACCACCUCUAGAACCGGUUCUUCCUAACACCUUGAUGACCUUGGCUAAAGUGACUGGGGUUUUAGUAUCCAUUUUGCUGUUG